AUGACGAGGGACCAGAAUGGAACCUGGGAGAUGGAAAGUAACGACAACUUUGAAGGCUACAUGAAAGCCCUGGAUAUUGAUUUCGCCACCCGCAAGAUCGCAGUACAUCUGAUUCAGACGAAGAUCAUUGAUCAAGACGGCGAUAACUUCAAGACGAAAACCAACAGCACGUUCCGCAACUACAAUUUGGAUUUCACUGUUGGGGUGGAGUUUGAUGAGUACACAAAAGGCCUGGACAACCGGACAGUUAAGGCGCUGGUCACCUGGGAAGGUGAUGUCCUUGUGUGUGUGCAGAAGGGGGAGAAGGAGAACCGUGGCUGGAGGCAGUGGGUUGAAGGGGACAAGCUGUACCUGGAGAUGACCUGCGGUGACCAGGUGUGCCAUCAAGUGUUCAAAAAGAAGUGAUGGCUGAGAGGGGGCCCGCCGAGCAUGUGCUCC